CAAUUGCCUCUCUUUUCCGCCUAUGAUAAAUUCCCAAAUUUCCCUCCCUCGCAAUUGCUGGUUGGUGAGAGAGAAAAGAAACAAACUUGAGCAAAGAGAAUGACGGAAAGUCAAGGAAACAGCGAAAAAAUGUCCAAACAGAAGCGGGAACGUAGCCUGCUAGCCGUCAGCGGAGCCGCUGCUCUGCUCGUUCUCGCUGUUAACCUCGGAAUCAACGCCUUCAACUCCCACAGGAAGAACAGGAAGAACAAAGAUCUUCAGGGCUCUAAGGUUCGAGUUAAUCUAUCGGCAUCCGAGAUUUUAAAAUUGGCGGACCGAAUCAUUACCAAGUCGAAAGAGGUGCACGAUGCGGUUGCUUCAAUUCCACUCGACAAGGUUACAUAUAUGAAUGUUAUUUCACCUCUAGCAGAAUUAGAAGCGCAACAAUUUCCACUUGUCCAGUCUUGUGUGUUUCCAAAGAUGGUAACCACUUCUGAUGAUGUCCACAAAGCAAGCGCUGAAGCAGAGCGGAGAAUAGAUACCCAUCUUCUGGCUUGCAGCAAGCGUGAAGAUGUAUACCGUGUCGUCAAAGCUUUUGCUGCUAGAGGGGAGUGGGUGAAUGCUGAAGCAAAGAACUAUACUCAGGCCUUGAUGAGAGACUUUGAACGCAAUGGUUUGAAUCUUACCUUAACUAAGAGAGAGGAAAUGCAGCGCGUGAGAAUCCAAAUCGAUGAGCUAAGCUUGCAAUAUAUCCAAAAUCUAACUGAGGAUAGUACUUUCCUUCUCUUCGCUGAGACCGAGUUGGCUGGGUUACCGCCAGAGUUUCUCAAGAGCUUAGACAAAGUUACAGAUGGUAAAUUCAAGGUGACCCUGAAAAGUCAUCAUGUGGGAGCAGUACUGGAACUUUGUGAGGUUGGAACAACAAGGAGGAUGGUAGCAGUGGCAUAUGGAAAGAGGUGUGGAGAAGUCAAUCUUUCAAUCUUAGAAGAUUUGGUCCAACUGCGCCAUAAAUUUGCUCGGUUACUUGGCUAUUCAAGUUAUGCUGACUGUGCAGUUGAUCUUAGAAUGGCAAAAACACCAUCAAAGGUUUUUGAGUUCUUAGAGGACAUCUCAAAUAGCUUGACCGACUCGGCUACCAUGGAGCUUUCCAUGUUGAAAGAUUUGAAGAGAAAAGAGGAAGGAGACCAUCCGUUUGGAAUUGAGGAUCUGCUAUACUAUGUGAAGAAGGCUGAAGCACAGCAGUUUAAUGUGGACUUUGGAGCUCUUAAGCAAUACUUUCCAGUAAAUUUGGUUCUAUCCGGGGUCUUCAAGAUAGUGCAAGACCUUUUUGGUUUAAGAUUUGAGGAAAUGACAGAUGCUGAGGUUUGGCAUUCUGAUGUUUGUGUAUACUCAGUUUUUGACUUAAGUUCUGGUGAACUUUUGGGUCAUUUCUACCUUGAUAUGUACAAAAGGGAAGGAAAAUAUAAUCAUACCUGUGUGGUGGCUCUUCAAAAUGGUGCAUUAUCAUCCAAUGGAUCACGUCAGAUUCCCGUGGUGUUAAUGAUAGCUCAACUACAAAAGGAUGUUAGUGGUCAUCCUGCAUUACUGAGAUUCUCUGAAGUUGUGGAUCUUUUCCAUGAGUUUGGCCAUGUGGUCCAACAUAUAUGCAAUCGUGCAUCAUUUGCCAGAUUUUCUGGGCUGGGUUUUGAUCAAGAUUUUGUGGAGGUUCCUGCUCUGGUGCUAGAGAACUGGUGUUACGAAAGCUUCACUUUGAAGUUGAUAUCUGGCUUCCAUCAGGAUAUAACAAAACCUAUCAAAGAUGAAAUGUGCAAAGCCAUUAAAAGAUGGCGGUGUUCCUUCUCUGCACUCAAGAUGAGGCAAGAAAUUCUUUAUAGUCUUUUUGAUCAAAUUAUACAUUCUGCUGAAAAUGUUGACAUUGUUGAGUUAUUCAAGCAUCUUCAUCCAAGGAUCUUGUUAGGUUUGCCAAUGUUAGAAGAUGUCAAUCCUGCUUCACGUUUUCCAUGUAGCGCCAUUGGUCAUGAAGCUGCUUGUUACAGUCGUAUUUGGAGUGAGGUUUUUGCGGCUGAUAUAUUUGCCUCAAAGUUUCAUGACAGUUAUUUGAACCAAUAUGUUGGCAUGCAGUUCAGGAACAAGGUUUUGGCCCCAGGAGGAGCAAAGGAACCAAUUGAAGUUUUAACUAGCUUUCUUGGGAGAGAACCAUCAACUCAAGCUUUUAUUGAGAGCAAAUCCCAAUACAGAUUGUGAUGCAGACAGAACUUCCCAUAGUUACAACCACAUUCUCCGAUAAUAGCACUCCUCAGCGUCUUGCGAUUUUGGUUGCCGGUAAUGUCAUCAAUUUCUCAUGCUUAAUCAGCAGACAAGGUUUCGUGCUCAAAAUGGUAACACCUCUUGUGUUUCUUGGUAGUAUUCGCAACUUUUAUAGCAGCACCGAGUUUUUAUAUAUAUAUUGAGAUUAGGGCAAGACUUGCAGUGCAGGUUCCUUAAGAACAUUGCAAUUUUGGUAGCUCUGGAGAAGCUAGCAAGUUUCGUUGUAAUUAUUCUUCUCUCUCCUUUUAAUCUUCUUGUUUAAGUGACGACCCCUUCCUGUUCAUACAUAAUAAA